AAAUACUAUCAAAAGGCGUUCCGGUUCGUUCACCAAAAAAAAGGCACAAAUCCAUUUGGGGUGGGGGGAGAAGAUACCAAAGAGGAAAAGCCCUAAAUAAAUCUCUCUCUACCUCUCUCUCUCUCGAAUAUCAAUGGCGGAUUUGGAUAAACUAGAGAGUGGCGGAGGCGGAGGAGGAGGCGUAAUCGCCGACAUUAGAGACGGCGACGGAGAGGUUGAAGAGAGGGAGAGGCUGACGGAACUUGAAGGAAUCUCUGUGUUGGAUUUCGAUCUGCUUUGCUCGACGGUUGCGCUUCAGACUCAGGGGAAAUGGAGGAAACUCGAGAGCUACGAUGGUGACGACGCGACGGAGGAUGAUUACGGCGGCGGCGUUUUGCGGCUUUGGGAAGGCGAUGUUAUGGAUUGCUUCGAGGAUCGUCAUCUCUGUAUCGAAUCCGCUUGCUGUCCAUGCUACAGAUUCGGGAAAAACAUGACAAGGACUGGUUUUGGUUCUUGCUUUCUUCAGGGUGCUGUUCAUAUGAUUCUCAUUGCUGGUAUCCUGUUCAACGUUGCUGCUUUUGCUAUAACCAAAAGGCAUUGCUUUCUCUACCUGGCUAUCGCUUUUGUUCUUUUGAUUGGAUCCUACUUGGGUUUCUUUCGUAUGCAGAUAAGAAGGAAGUUUAACAUUAGAGGUACUGAUAGUUUCUUUGACGAUUUCAUCCACCAUCUCGUCUGUCCAUUCUGUACAUUAACUCAGGAAUCGAAAACACUGGAGAUGAACAAUGUCCAUGACGGUAUCUGGCAUGGUCGAGGAGACACUCUCUGCAUAGGCGGCUAUCCUGAAGGAAAAGCUUUUCUUGAGCUGCAUUCACCUCCAGUCAUUGUAUCAACUAUGUCAUCUCAACCCUAACAGCACAGACACAGAUACUUCAUAUAAACCGCAAACGAGGUCUGCAAUAGGCGUUGGUAUCAUCAUUGUCUUGUGGUGAUUGAUUUGCCUAACAGUUGAAAGAGAUUCGUGUCAAAACAAAAAUUUCAUGUUUGUUUUCGAAACUGUGAUAUAUAGCAAACAUGUAGGUUCGAUGAAAACGUCCUGUAACCUUGUAAAAGAGUAGAGGCUGAGAGAGGCCAUUUGUAUGCUAAUAGUGAACCAGUGCGAGUUGUGUAUACAGCCAUCUGUUUGUAUGAUUAUGCAUUUGAUGAUGGCUAUCAUAUUCAACCAUUGUAAUUUACAGAUAAAGAAGAUUUGGAUCAUUCAGCGCCCA